AUGGGGUCGGAGCAAAAUCGAUUUCCUCAGCCUGAAAGGAGAAAGAGAUGGGGAGGAUGUUUGGGUGCAUUUUCUUGCUUUGCUUCACACAAAGGUGGCAAGCGCAUUGUGCCUGCAUCUCGUAUUCCUGAUAAUAAUGGUUCAGCCGCUCAGCCAAAUGGGCCCCAAGCAACCGGCUUGACCAAUCAAGCCACCGGCAUAGCUCCUUCUCUCUUAGCUCCACCUUCUUCACCAGCAUCUUUCACACAUUCCGCCCUUCCUUCCACUGCACAGUCACCUAGCUGUUUCUUGUCAUUAUCUGCAAACUCACCGGGCGGUCCUUCAUCUACAAUGUAUGCUACUGGACCAUAUGCUCAUGAAACACAACUGGUGUCUCCUCCUGUCUUCUCAAAUUUCACUACCGAACCAUCUACUGCGCCUCUCACUCCUCCCCCCGAGUUGGCUCACUUAACAACUCCCUCUUCCCCAGAUGUACCUUUUGCUCAUUUUCUAACUUCUUCCGCAAAUCUCAAAAAUGCUGCCAAGGGUAACUACAUCACUGCAAAUGAUCUUCAAACUACAUAUUCCCUCUACCCUGGAAGUCCUGCCAGUAGCCUUAUAUCUCCAAUAUCAAGGAAUUCUGGUGACUGUCUAUCAACAUCAUUUCCUGAACGCGAGUUUCGCCCACAGUGGGAUUCAUCAAUGUAUCCUGAAAAUGGAAAAUAUCAGAGGACUGGGUCUGGGAGGGUGUCUGCUCAUGACACAAAUGAUGCCUCUAUGGCAUCCCAAGAUACAAAUUUCUUUUGCCCUGCUACCUAUGCACAGUUCUAUUUAGACCAAAAUCCUCCAUUUCCUCAUAAUGGCGGGAGAUUAAGUGUUUCAAAAGAUUCUGAUGCUCAAUCUACAGCUGGAAAUGGACAUCAGAGUAGGCCUUCUAGAAGUCCUAAGCAAGAUGUGGAAGAAAUAGAAGCUUACCGAGCAUCAUUUGGUUUCAGUGCAGAUGAGAUUAUAACCACCAGUCAAUAUGUAGAGAUUUCUGAUGUGAUGGAUGACUCAUUUACCAUGAUGCCUUUGACCGCUGGCAAAUCAAUGAUGGAACAAAACAUAGAGCCUUCAUUGAUGAAAGGGUUCAAAGCUCAGGAGACACAGGUGGGUUUGCAGAAUCUAAAAUGCCUUAGAUUAGACCCCAAUCCAGUUGGCAAGCAAGCAAGGAAUCAAGUCCCUGUAUGUGACGGAUAUGAAGAUCAUAAAUCACCAGGACAUUGUAGCAACAGCUCUGGAUUAAGUACACCUCGCAUGGAUGAUGAAGAUAUGUUUUCAAAAAUGGGGUCAUCCAGAAUCUGCAGGAAAUAUCAGAUGGGAUUAUCGUGUUCUGAUGCAGAGGUUGACUAUAGAAGGGGAAGAAGCUUGCGAGAAAGAAAGGGAGUAUGA